CCGCUGCGGCCCGUCCCACUUGCCUCUCUUGACUCUCCGGCUUGCUAUCUACUUCGCUUCUCCACUAGCGCUCUGAACUACCUCGUCUUGUCAAUCAUCCGAACCUCGCCUUUGAACUCCACCUUCACCAGCGCCGUCGGACAAGCAUCGGGCUUCGACUCUUGCCUCCUCGUUUUUCUUCACCACGUCUGUUCUCUGUUGACCUCUUUGCUAUCGCCGUCGACGCAGUUAUCUCUUCCUCAAGGUCAGUUUUUGUUCUCUUCAUCAAUCCCCUCGACCCUUUCAAUGAGGACGAUUCUGAACCAGGCCAGUUACUGGUUGUCAAGGUUUUCUCAAGCUGUGCCUACUGUGUGGUUGGAGCUGCCAGUCUCUUUCGUUCAACCUUAGUUUAUAGCUAUAGCUGCACGGAACAGUAUCACGAAUCUUUCUUGUAACCGUUCAUUUCAACCGAUUAUUCUCGAUUUACGUUUUACACAAUGUUGGACGAGAGCAAGUUUGAUGUGCAUUUGAAAUUGUGGGCGCUUCGAAUACCUUGUCAACUGUGCAAGGUUGCCACUCGAAUACUCAACGGUUACUUGCUUGACAAGCCCCGAGUUAAACCUAUCACGGAGGAUCCAACAUGCAAGAAAAAUCGUUACCUUAUUUUAUCCGAUACUGUUCAGAAUCAAGAUUUAUCUGAUAUUCCAGAGCAGAAGCUUGAUGAGCUAAAGGCGUUGUGUGAGAUUGAAGUUGUGCCUUUUUCAUUGACACUAGGGUAUUCAUACUGGACUGCUGAUUAUGUUCUGAAGCAGAUACUGCCUCCCGGAGUGGAGGUGCCUUCAUCGUUUGAAACAAUAGGUCACAUUGCUCACUUAAACUUACACGAUGAAUUACUUCCGUACAAGGAUGUUAUUGCUAAGGUUUUAUAUGAUAAAAAUUAUCCAAGAAUCAAAACUAUUGUUAAUAAAGUAGGGACCAUCACAAAUGAAUUUCGUGUGCCCAAGUUUGAAAUCUUAGCAGGAGAAAAUGAUAUGAUUACAGAAGUGAAGCAAUAUGGGGCCACUUUCAGGCUCGAUUACAGUUUGGUCUAUUGGAAUUCAAGGCUGGAACAUGAACACAGAAGGUUGGUUUCUCAGUUCCAAGCUGGGGAGACCAUUUGUGAUAUGUUUGCUGGCAUAGGUCCUUUUGCCAUUCCUGCGGCACAGAAAGGAUGCAUAGUGUAUGCAAAUGACUUGAAUCCAAAUAGCGUUGACUAUUUGAAGAUUAAUGCGAAGAUCAACAAGGUUGAUGAUCGCAUUCUUGCAUACAAUAUGGAUGCAAGAAACUUCAUCUCCCAGUUGGUGGAAGUCCCAAAGACUGAGAUUAGGAUAGAAUCUAAUGUCCCAAUGGCAAAGACCUGUGAAACUUGCAAGAUGCAUGACAAUGCUGAAUCAAAUUUAGGAAAUGAGAGGUUAAAUGUUGAAACAAAUGGCCUUGGAGAUAGCACUAACACUAGUGUGGAGGAUGUUCAAGGUUCAAUGAGGCAUGUUGCCACAUCUGUAACUGCUGCUAAAAGAUCUUCUGAUAGUUUUCAAGGAGGUAUCACUGAAGGUGGUAGUAGCCAAGGAAGCACAAACAAGAGAGUAAAAGGCUCUGAUGUUUCUGACACCAAAACGUGGGAGCAUAUUGACCAUGUGAUAAUGAAUCUACCCGCAUCUGCUAUUCAGUUUCUAGAUGCAUUUAGGGGAUUAAUCCAGAGGAGAUAUUGGCAGGGACAUCUACCAUGGGUCCAUUGCUACUGUUUCAUUCGGGCAACUGAAACUCCUGAAUCUAUACUAGCUGAAGCAGAGUCUGCUAUAAAUGCUCAGAUAAAAGACCCCAGAUUUCAUCGGGUCAGGGAUGUGGCUCCAAACAAGGCAAUGUAUUGUUUAAGCUUCAGGUUGCCAGAAGCAUGCUGUGGGGAAGAUGCUCACUAACAUUUUGGUUAGCUUGCCAGUUUAAUAUCCUUUUCUUUUCAGGGUUCAACUGAGCCAUGCUUGUGCAUGUUGAAUUCUUUUCCUUUCUUUCUUUCUUUCUUUCUUUCCUUUUUUUUUGUAAAAAGAACAUCCUUUUCUUAGUUCAUUUUUCUUGAGACAAGUUGUAUUCUAGAUUUCUAAUACAUUUUAACGAUAGCGAAUUACGUUAGCAUCAUGUUUUACAUUUUUGAAAAUAAAUUGAAGUGAAUACAUGACUGCGAUAUUU